GGGGCUGGGGUGCAGGGAACAGCAGCCUUUCUUCUUGCUGACCUUUCCCCUUUUCUGACCUUCUUUGUCCCAUCUUCUGUCCCCUAGCCUCUGCAGGCCGGCCAAUCAGUGACCUUGCUCGGGUUGCCGAGCCCUGUUUGGCUCCAGGAGAACAAUCCUGUUGAAAGGUGAGCUGCUGGGGCCGGAGCCUGGCUCAGCCAACUGCAGCGCUUUGGGGCAAAGUUAUCCAGGAACUAUGAGGAAGUGAUCGAGGCCUGGCCCUCAUUCUCCAGCCCAGCAGCCUGCUCUCCUUGGUCAGGCCCACAGGCCAGCCUUGUGGAGGCCCCGUGUGCAAGGCCAGGCCCAGAUACCAGGUCAUGGCCCAGGUGGAGGGAAAUAGCCAGCCUGAGAGGGCCUCCCAGCAGCCCUUCGUCUUCAAGGUGGUUCUCCUGGGGAGCAGUUCUGUGGGCAAGUCGAGUCUGGCCUUCCGAUUCAUCAAGAAUGACUUCAAGGAAAUCCUGCCCACGCUGGGCUGUGCCUUCUUCACUCAGAUGAUGGAAAUAGAUGGCUCGGUCUUAAAGCUGGAGAUCUGGGACACUGCGGGGCAGGAGAAAUAUCACAGCGUCUGCCACCUCUAUUUCCGGGGAGCCAAUGCCGCUCUCUUGGUUUAUGACGUUGCAGACAAGGAUUCUUUCCACAGGGCUCAGCAGUGGUGGAAGGAGCUGGAGAAUGAGUUUCAACCUGAAGAAAUUGUGGUGAUUUUGCUAGGCAACAAGACCGACCUCGAGGAUUCUCGGAAAGUGACCCUGGAGGAAGGAAAAGCAUUUGCAGAAAGCAACAAGUUAUUGUUCAUGGAAACCUCAGCCAAAUUAAACUACCAAGUGACUGAAGCCUUCAGUGCCGUGGCUCGUGAAUUGUUAAGAAGGGAAGAACAAAAUGGUGGCAGAACCCAGCAGAAGAACCCGGCCGUGGAUCUGAAGGAGACGGCCAGGGCAGGGAAGAGCAAAUGCUGCUUGGACUAGGGGGAGCAGGCGCUGUGGGGAGCCCUCCCCCACUCUGGCCUCCCAUCGGGCUCUGGCCAUGAACAUGAGUCUCCUGCAGCUGCCUCUGCCUUGCUGAUGGAUAGACCCUCCCUGGCCAUGGCAGUGUGGACCAGGAGGCUGACUGUUGAAAUUCUGGACUUGCUAUCUCGCAGGGCCCCUUCCCAGGGGUCAGAGGAACAUUGGUAGGCCUCAAAGGGAUGCUUCCUGAUGGAGCCUGUGGGGGAGGCAUGGGCCGAGGGCCUGGUGGCUCUGGGAGGGGGCACCAUGGAGCCAGAACAUUUGAUGUCUCCACCCCAGGCAAUGUCUCAGGGACGCCAUGGUCGCUCCCUCUCAGUGCAUUGUUGAUUAAGAGCUGAAGGGGAACUUGGAGGUCCUCUGGCCCAAUCCCCUCAUUUUACGGAUGUGAAAAUGGAGGCCCAGAGUGUGUAAGGGACUAGCUCUAGGUCACACAACCAGCAAGGGUCUGGGGCAGGCUUUGAGACUCUGACCAUGGCACCACCUGGCUGCCUCCUGACAGGCCAGAGAAAGGUAUCUACUUGGUGGCUGGCACCAGGGGAGCCAACCCCCAGUGGGCACACCAUCCAAGUGCAAUGGGAGGGGCUGAUCCUACACACCCUCAUAUCUGUGCACACUUUCUAGACUACUGGAAGAUGCUUCUCCAGGCACUUCAUGGCUCUCUGGGCCUCAGUUUCCAUAUCAGUAAAUUGUGAUAAUGACGCUUGUGCAUAAUGACAUUGGAAUCAUACUUACUAACUACAUAUCCUUGGGUAAGUCACUGUUGGCUCCCUGGGCCUCCUUCCUAAAUGGCCUCGAAGCUCCCUUCCCUCCCUCCCUGGGUUGAUGUAAGUUUUAUGCAGAUCUUAAAGUAAUGUGGAAAUAUGUUCAGUCAGUCAGUCAAUCCACAGGCAUUUAUUAAGCGCUUACUGUAUGCCUGACACUAUGUUAAGAACUGGAAAUAUAAAUACAAGUGAAAAGAAAACAAUACACAAA